ACUAUCACUAGCUGCUAGAAGGACAGGAGAGAAAUGGAUGAUACCAUAGCUGACACAAGAAGGCUCUUCACAAAGCCUCAGAACCUAAAUGACGCUUAUGGACCCCCGAGUAAUUUUCUAGAGAUUGAUGUGAGCAACCCUGAGACCAUCGGGGUUGGCAGGGGCAGAUAUACUACGUAUGAAGUCAGACUGAAGACCAACCUGCCCAUCUUCAAACUGAAGGAGUCUUGUGUACGGAGGCGGUACAGCGACUUCGAGUGGCUCAGAGCGGAGCUGGAGAGGGAGAGCAAGGUGGUCGUCCCACCUCUCCCAGGAAAAGCUCUUAUCCGGCAGCUUCCGUUUCGAGGGGAUGAUGGGAUAUUUGACGACUCUUUCAUCGAGGAGCGGAGACAGGGCCUGGAGCAGUUUCUCAACAAAGUGGCCGGUCACCCUCUAGCUCAGAACGAACGAUGCCUGCACAUGUUUCUACAGGAUGAGUCUGUGGACAAGAGCUACACCCCAUCCAAAAUCAGACAAGCCUGAAAGGAAAGAUGGCUCUGCUUGGCCCGGUCUGGCUCGGCCCAGCUCGGCCCGACAACCCAAAGCUCUCUUCACUGCUCCAGGUUUCUCUCAGAAAAUAAACAUUUCAAUGAAAGCUUCCCUUCCCCGCCCCCCCAAAGUAAUAUUGUUCACCACCUCUUUUAGUUAAAUUAGUGACCCUCAUCGGUGUUUGUUUUCACUUUCUAAUUGGAGUCAAGAAUGUUCGACGCAUAACUGUGGUUGACAGUAAUUUAUAGUAAUUUCUCUUUAUGUCUGGAAAUGCCACUAACAUGGAUAUAUUAUGUAUUUAUCAUUUAGCUAUGUCUUGAAUAUAUUCAUUUAUAUAGUAACAUUGAAUGAGCGUUCUAUGUAUGCAAAGCUCUCGUAAAGACCCACAGCGUUUCCCAUCAUAUAUAUCCAGUACUGGCAUGUUGCUCACCAUAACUAGCAACAAAACACAUAGACACGCACACACGCACACGUAUUCGAUGGGCCUUGACUUUCAAAUCACACUUAGUUGAUCCUAUCUUCAAAAGGAAGCACAUGUGUGUGUAUAUCAACCAGCACCUGCCCAGUUAUCACAAUGAUUUUCUAGCAAGAAAGAAGUAAUUUACACAGAGGGAACUGCAGUAUUUCUACUGGCUAUAUGCAUUUUGAGAUUUGUAUACUGCUGUGCCAUUUUUGUUUAUUUUGAAGAUUUUCCAAUAAAAUAGGUGAAAUGUC